ACUAGUGGUCGAAGGAAGCUAAAAAGCUAACAGCUUGAAUCAUUAUAAACUGUUCAGAGAUAGAUGUACCUUAAAGAAUAAUGGAUCGAGAACUUAACGAUGAGGAAUUGCAAGAUUUGUUCGCAUGGAUAGACAAAAUACCUCUGUCUAGACCCAAAAGAAACAUUACAAGAGACUUCAGCGAUGGAGUGAUGGCUGCUGAGGUUGUUAAGCGUUUCUUUCCAAAGCUUGUUGACCUGCACAACUAUGUUCCUGCAAACUCUACACAGCAGAAACUCAGCAACUGGAACCUCCUCAACAGGAAGGUGUUUUCCAAACUGGAUUUUCACGUGCCCGAGGAGACAGGGAGGAGGAUUGUAUUGAGUACUGCUGGAGCAAUAGAGCCUGUGCUAAGUGCCCUAAGGGAGAAGAUAGACAAGAAGUUGGAGCACACCACAAAUAAUAUACUAGUGGGUACUUGGGCAAAUAUAUCAGAGAAUUUGGACUACUAUGACACCAGGAACCAGGGGAAACCUCAUGCCGAACUUCAUCAGACUAAAGCAAGACUUCCUGCUGAGCUGUCAGAAAUGAAAAAAGAUGAGAAGAGCGUGCAAAAAAACGUGAAACUGCAGCACGCUGUAAAGUUAUAUUCAGACAUGGACCCUACUUUCCGGCUAAUCCUGCAGGAAAAAGAGCAGGCAGUCAUGGCUUUGCAGGAGACUGUGGAGAUCCUGCAGAUGAAAGUGAACAAGUUGGAGCAUUUGGUACACUUGAAGGAUAUACGUAUCGAAGAUCUGACACGGCACUUGGAGAUGUACAAAGUAAAAGACAACUCACAAUGAUACAAAUUUUUAGGCUACAUUAACAAUAUGUAACCCACAUUCCUGUACCUUAGUUUGUUUUUAUGACAAACAAAAAAAGUAUUUAGUCAUUCUGUCUUGUUAAUCUCACUUAUGUACAAGUGUGUGGACUGAUACCAUGUGUCAGAUGUCAAAAUAUGUAAAGUAUUUGUUUCCAGAGGUAUUUACUUGUCUAAUUUGUAAUAUUUCUAUUUUAAUCAAUAAAGAAAUAACUAUCACCAUC